AUGGCAGCUCAGACUACUGAGAAGCUGCAGCAGCUGGACCUAAACGGCCAGAAUGGCCAAAAGGCCGACCCCGCCCCCGAGCAGGCCGGCGAAGCGGAGGACGACUCUGACGACGAUCAAGAAGAGGGAGAAGGUGCCCCAGAAGCUGGAGCAGCUGGCGUUUCCAACCUAUUUCCCAACGGCCAAUACCCCGAGGGCGAGAUCGUCGAAUACAAAAAUGACAAUGCCUACCGCACAACCGACGAGGAGAAGCGUUACCUCGACCGCAUGAAGAACGACUUCCUCCAGGAGUACCGCCAGGGUGCCGAAGUCCACCGACAAGUGCGCCAAUAUGCCCAAAAGAACAUCAAGCCGGGCCAGACUUUGACGGAGAUCGCAGAGGGGAUUGAAGAUGCCGUGCGUGCUCUGACUGGCCACUCGGGUCUUGAAGAGGGUGACAACCUGAAGGGUGGUAUGGGCUUCCCCUGUGGAUUGAGUAUCAACCACUGUGCUGCCCACUAUACCCCCAAUGCGGGAAAUAAGAUGGUUUUGAACCAGGGAGAUGUGAUGAAGGUCGAUUUUGGUGCCCAAUUGAACGGUCGCAUCGUGGACAGUGCCUUCACUAUGUCUUUUGACCCUGUCUAUGACCCACUACUGGAGGCUGUUAAAGACGCGACCAACACCGGUAUUCGGGAAGCUGGAAUCGAUGUUCGCAUGAGUGAUAUCGGUGCUGCCAUCCAAGAGGCGAUGGAAAGUUACGAGGUCGAGCUCAAUGGCACCAUGUACCCUGUCAAGUGCAUUCGAAACUUGAACGGCCACAACAUUGAGCAACAUGUCAUCCAUGGUGGCAAGAGCGUGCCUAUCGUCAAGGGCACUGACCAGACUAAGAUGGAAGAAGGCGAAGUCUUCGCCAUCGAGACCUUCGGUAGUACCGGCAAGGGCUACGUACGAGAGGAUAUGGAAACUUCUCACUACGCUCUUGCCCAAGAUGCUCCCAACGUGCCUCUUCGUCUUUCGUCUGCGAAGAACUUGCUGAACGUUAUCAACAAGAACUUCGGUACUCUUCCGUUCUGCCGUCGUUACCUGGACCGACUGGGCCAAGAAAAAUAUCUUCUGGGGCUGAACAACUUGGUUUCAUCUGGAAUUGUCCAAGAUUAUCCGCCUCUUUGCGACAUCAAGGGCUCAUACACCGCCCAAUUUGAACAUACGAUUGUGCUUCGUCCUAACGUAAAGGAGGUUAUCAGCCGUGGUGACGACUACUGA